UACAGCAAUUAUGUCGAAUCUCACUUGUUCUUCUAUUCAUUCCCUUCUUUAUAUGCAUGGAAUGAGGUUUUCUACAAGAAAUAUUACAUCACCAAACUGAGGCUCUUUGAUUCCAGCAGUCCUGCCCUUCAGGCAUUGAAAGGGAGCGAAAUUAGUGUUGGCAUGCGCAACCAAAACCUACCUGCCUUGGCAGCUGCAAUCAAUCAAGAAGCUGUCAACGCAUGGUUUGCCGCCAAUGUUGAGCCUUACCUGUAUGGCAUUCAACUCAAUUACAUAGCUGUUGCCAAUGAGCUUAUUCCGGGCGACCAAGUUUUUCCGGUAAUGAGGUUUUUGCGACCGGUACUUGAUGGCAAACAGCUGGAUGGGAUUAAGGUGACCACAGUUGUUCAAGGAACUGCCUUAGGAUCUUCAAACCCGCCUUAAGUGCUGUGUUCGCAGCAGAGGCUGUUCAUGACUAACACUGUUCAACUUGUAGCACCAAGCGAUUCAUCUCUUUUGGUCAAUGUGUACCCUUACUUUGCCUACAAAUCAGACCAUGUUCACUUGGACUAUGCUCUGUUCACCACUAUAAGUAUAACCCCCGCCGUUCAAGACGGACCACUAGGCUACUACAACCAGUUUGAUCCCAUAGUGGAUUCGUUUUACACGGCAAUGGAGAAAGGAGGUGGCCCUAAUGUAACGGUUGUGGUAUCUGAAAGUGGUUAGACAUCUGCCGGGAGUGGAGAAUUCAUCAGCCCAGAACUUGCAGGGACAUGUAACCAGAAAUUGAUCAAACACACCAGUUCGAGGGCAGGAACACCAAAAACACCUGGUUACUACAUUGAAGGAUACAUCUUUGUGAAGUUUAUUGUGAAUCAGAAACCCGAGGGCGAGGAACAGAAUUUUGGUCCAUUUAACUUAAUGUGCGACCUGUUUAUCCUGUAGUUUAUGUUCUUUA